AUGUCGGGGGCAAAGCACUGGGAGCAAGAUAAAGAAGCCACUGUCUAUGUGGGUAACAUCGACGAACGCGCAACCGAUGCGCUGAUAUGGGAGCUGAUGGUCCAAGCCGGCCCUGUAGUCAACGUACACCUUCCCAAAGACCGCGUCACACAGUCACAUCAAGGCUUUGGCUUUGUCGAGUUCAACGGCGAAGUCGAUGCCGACUAUGCUGCCAAGAUCAUGAACGGUAUCCGAUUAUAUGGCAAAGCCCUACGUGUCAACAAGGCCUCGGCGGACAAACAAAAGCCCCUGGAGAUCGGCGCCGAGCUCUUCAUCGGAAACCUCGACCCUAUGGUUGACGAGAAGGUUCUCUACGAUACAUUCAGCAGAUUCGGAACCUUGAUAGCUCCACCCAAGGUGGCUCGCGACGAUAACGGAGUAAGCAAAGGUUAUGGGUUCGUCAGUUAUAGCAGUUUCGAGGCUAGCGAUGAUGCCAUCAACAACAUGAACGGUCAGUUCCUCAUGAACAAGGACAUCAGCGUACAAUACGCGUACAAGAAAGACGGAAAAGGCGAACGACAUGGAGACGAGGCCGAACGAAUGCUUGCCGCCCAAGCCAAGAAGCACAAUGUUACAAUUGAAAGCCAACCUAUGCCGCCGGGACUACUUCAAACACCUACUCCCGCUCCACCGGUUGCAGCGGCUGUCGCCCCGCCGGCUAUGGCUACUGGUGGAUUCGAUCCUCACUUCGGCUCCGGCGUUCCUGCUCCGAGACCACCCGUCGGCUUUGCUCCUCCCAACGCUCAUCGUGGCCCUCCUCCCCCUUUCGGCGUUAAUGGUGCCCCGCCCCCUCCAGGUGCUGGCCGGCCAAAUGCUCUACCUCCGGCACCCUCAGGCCUACCUGCUCGCCCGCCACCCUCGCAAGCUGGUUAUGGUAGUCCCGCCGACUUCCACCCCGGCGGCUUCCGAAUGCCGCCUCCAGGUUUUGGCCCUCCUCCAGGCAACGUUCCGCCUCCGCCACCCGGGUUCACCCCCGGAUACGGUCGCUGA